CCUUGGGACAAUCUGACAUUGACAUCGCGAUGACAAGUCAUAAAUUGACAAGUACAGCUGAGAAGGACUGCGAAAUGAGUUAGUCAACAUAUUGAUAACAAAUAAAAAUCCAUCCGCAACACUCAUAAGAUUAAAUACAGACAAAAUGGAAGAUAUAGCCCGUCUUGCCUUGGUGGAACAAAGCUUAGGGGGUGUAGACAGCUUCAGUAAAAUUCUGUAUGAACUUCUUAACGUGAUAUAUCAGAUUUUGGAAAACCCUCACGAUUAUGAGCUAAGAACGUUAAAGAGCGAGGUUUUUAAGAAGGUUUUACAUUCCGAGGCAUUCACAGAUUAUCUUAAAUACGUCGGAUUUCGUGCGGAUGGCAAUGUGUAUGUGUACCCCAAAGAAGAGACUUUGAGUAAGCUGCGGAUAGCGCAGGCAGCCAUAGAGCGAAAGAUUUACUUCUGUUGCGGCUCGGUAAGCCGCGUAAGAUCACGCCCCAUACGCUCUAACCAUAGUCUGCAGCCGAAAAAAGUUAAAUUUGCACCAUCUAAUGUACUGAUAACCAAGAACCCGUUCCUGCUAAAAAUCGAGAUGCUGUUCAACAACAUGAUCCAGUAUGAGAGCGAAGAGCUGCAGGAGCUAGCGCGGGAGCAGAUACCAAUGGUGACGCUGCAGCUGAUGGCCCUGGACCGGGUCCGGGAGCAACAGAAGAAGAUUAAAUCUGGUGAAACAAAAGAGUACGACCUCUCGUUCGACGUGGCCCUGCUAUUAGAACUGCUCGGCUGGUUCAAGUACAAGUAUUUCUCGUGGGUGGACAAGCCGGCGUGCGGGUCUUGCGCCGGACAGACUAACUUCGUGCGCGCGCAGUCCAUGUGCGUCGGCAACGAGACCUGCAAUGUCGAGAUCUACUCCUGCCAAUCCUGUCACACGGAGACGCAGUUCCCUCGCCACAACGACCCGCGAACUUUACUCCGCACAAGGAAGGGCCGGUGCGGCGAGUGGGCCAACUGCUUCACGCUGCUGUGUCGAGCCUUGUCGUACGAGACGAGAUACGUUUAUGACACUACCGACCAUGUGUGGUGCGAGAUUUUCGACGUAGAAUCAAACCAAUGGCUCCACGUGGACCCGUGCGAGGGCAAAUUCAACACGCCCCUCAUGUACUGUCACGGCUGGGGCAAAAAGCUGUCAUACGUCAUAGCCGUGUCGCGGGACGAUCUUCAGGACGUGACGUGGAGAUACACUAUGGACCAUAAGGAGGUACUCACUCGUCGGAACCUGUGCAGCGAGGGAGAGUUACUGUCGACAAUUCUGUCCCUCCGCGAACACCGACAACGACAAGUGUCGGCGGCGAGACGGAGCUGCCUCGCGCGCCGCACGCUGCAGGAACUCGUACAGCUUAUGGUAGAAAGAAAACCGAGCGAAUACGAAUCACACGGGCGGAUAUCGGGCGAGCGAGCGUGGCGAACACAGCGGGGGGAGGCGGGGAGACACACGUUCAAACUGACAAGCAAGGGCACAUACGAGAUCAAGUACUACUCCGCACUCGACAAAUAUGAGGUCCUGUUGGAUGGGAAGCUGAUUCAGCAGAUCGACACCUGGGAGGCCGGCGUUUACGAGGCCCAGGAUGUGUUCAGGAAGGUCGAACACGACUGGCGCAUGGUCUACCUCGCCAGGGAAGAGGGCGCGACAUACGGCCGUGUGAGCUGGCGGCUCGAGGCAGGCGAGAAGCUGACUGGCACCUCGUUAGAGGCUGUGGUGCCGCGUACGGAAUACGAGGACGGGCAAGUCACUGUGUCACUGCGAUUCGACGACGCGCCGGCUCAAACUGCACCCAAAAACGACCGGCUGACGUACUCGUGCCGUUGGUCAUCAUGCGUUGUGUCGGCGGCGCUGUCCGGCGGCGGCGGCGCGGGCUGGCAGCGCGCGCAGCUCGCGCGCCAGGCCGCCGCCGACACCGCACCUGCGUUAACUCUGCGCGCCGUGCUGCAGUAG